CCGGCAGUUCCUCCCUUGCGGACAGUCUCGUGCAUCGCGGCACCACUGCACAGCGUCUGUUCUCACGUUAUGUUACUGGAGUGCUAUAUAUUCCGCAAGGCCUUCUCACGGGGACUUCGAGGUUCUUCCCCCAGUCGUUUCCACUAUGGCCGAAGUACCAAGCGUUGUGCCAACCUUGGACGACAAGCACUCGGCUUCCGACGCUUCCCUCGAGAAGAAAGGUCUUGAUGGCGCCGAUGUCUCUGACGACGCCAUCAUGGCCAAGGAGGUCGAGGAGUUCGAGGAACGACUCCAAAGGGACGAGGCCGAACCGGAGGAGUACCUCGUGCAGGAGGCGUAUGAGGUCGCCAUUAAGGUCCUCACCACCCACGAUGAUCCUGAGCUUAAGUCUGUCACGUUCCGGACUGCAUUCCUCGGUGUCGGCUUCUCGGCCUUCGGCGCUGUUCUGGCCCAAAUAUACUACUUCAAGCCCCAGACAAUCCUUGUGUCGCAGUUGUUCCUUUUGAUCUUGUCUUACUGGUUCGGCACUGCGAUGGCAACGCUUCUGCCGUCCCGUGGCCUUUUCCGUUGGAUCAACCCGGGCCCGUUCAACAUCAAGGAACACGUCGCUAUUAUUAUCAUGUCGUCUUCGGCCGCUGUCUCCGCUACUGCCAUUCAAGUCAUAUCGGUGCAGGACUUGUACUACAACAGGAAGCUGAAUGGUGGUCUGGCCAUAUUCACUCUGAUUGGCUCCCAGCUACUCGGCUAUGGAUACGCCGGUUUACUUCACGACAUGCUGGUGAAGCCUACUAAGGCUUUCUGGCCUUCCACGAUCUCUACUGCCAACCUCUUCCAGGCACUGCAUUACGAUAACCAGAUGACGUCCAAGCGCGUACGUCUCUUUUGGACGGUCUUCGUGGUCAUGUUCUUCUGGGAGAUCAUCCCGCAAUGGAUCUUCCCGCUACUUACGGGCAUCUCGAUUUUCUGUCUGGCCAACAACCAUAGCACCGUCUUCCGCAACAUUUUCGGUGGCGCUAGUAACAACGAGGGCAUGGGCCUGUUGUCGUGGUGUUUCGACUGGAACCUGAUCGGUAGCGACUGUUUGUUUAACCCCCUCUGGCUCCAGAUCAAUCAGGACAUCGGUAUCUUCCUCACAUACAUCUUGAUGGCUGGUGUUUACUACGGCAAUCUCUGGAGGGCUAAGGACUUCCCAUUCAUGAGUCAGGCCAUUUUCGCCGCAGAUGGGUCUCAAUACAACCAGACGGCGCUCUUGACGAAUGGCAAGUUCGAUGCGGAGAAGUACGCUGAGCUUGGCCCCGCUUUCUUCUCUGCGACCAACGCUCUCUACUACAUGACCUCCAACCUCUCGCUCGGCGCUACAUUCACGCACGUCUUCUUCUGGCACUGGCAAGACAUCAAGCCGUUCUUGAAGACGUUCAACCCGUGGAACAAGGAGCCGCUUGUCGUUCACGAUCCUCACUACGAGAAGAUGAAGGUCUACAAGCCAGUCCCCCGUUGGUGGUUCCUCCUCAUCCUUGUAGCCGCGUACGCCAUCGCCCAGGCGACCAACUACUCUGCUCACUCCGGCUUGCCUUGGUGGGCUGUGACGGUCGUCCUGAUCAUUUCGUUGAUCAUGUCGAUGCUCUUCGCUACCCUCGCGGCUACCAUCGGAUUUAACGAGUUCAGCACAUCUGCGAACGGUUUCUACCAGAUGAUUGUCGCUUACCUCGUCCCCGGGAACCCUGUUGCGAACAUGUAUGGUGCCUUGUACGGGCAGCACCCACAGGGCCAGUGCAUCUUGAUGUUGAAGGACUUGAAGCUCGGUCAGUAUGUCAAGCUCGCACCCCGUGUCACGUUCGCUAUGCAGAUCAUCGGUACUGUCGUCGGCGCGAUCCUCAACUAUGUCAUGAUGCAAACGAUCAUCGACAACAACCGCGCCGACCUCCUCUCCGUCUCCGGCACCCGUCUCUGGUCCGGGCAGAACGCUCAGUCAUUCAACACCAACGGUAUCUCGUGGGGCGGUCUCGCUCCUCAGAUGUUCGGCAUCAAUGGGGUCUAUCACAUGGUGCCCAUCUGCCUAGCCAUUGGCGUGUUCUUGCCUCUACCGUUCAUCAUCGCCUACUACAUCUGGCCUAAGGCUGGGUUCGAGAACUUCAACACGCCGAUCAUCCUGCAGUACUCGUGCUUCCUGUCGGUUGGCAUCAACACUUCGGUCAACCCGUCUAUGGUCAUCGGUAUCUUCUCCCAAUGGUGGGUGCGCACACGCUACCCGCGGUGGUUCACGAAGUACAACUACAUCGUCGCCGCGGCGCUCGACGGAGGCACUCAGGUCAUCUCGUUCAUCCUCAACUUCGCGGUCUUCGGGGCGUCCGGCACCGCGCACAAUUUCCCUCAGUGGUGGGGUAACGAUUUCAACCUGUCUGCAGAUCGUUGUGCGCUGCCUGACCAGUGAUCUCGCUUCCUAUUCGUCUGUGAUCAGUAAUGUAGUAUCAAGGUAUGAUUCUUUGUCUGUGAAGGGUUCUCGUAAUGAAAACG